GCAUAUAAUUGUUUUUCCAGACUACAAUAAUGGCUCUACCGAAUGCGAUCUCCUGGUUGCACUGUAUAGGUGUUGGUUUACUUCUAAUCGGAUUGAUCUUACAUAUGGUGGGACUGGCCACUCCGAACUGGGCAACGAUCUCGGCUCGUAGAGAAACGCUUACACUAGGUCUGUGGAAGAGCUGCGUAAGAGAUAUAUGCCUUGUCCUACUACCAGACUAUUCAAUGGCAGAUAUAUUGAAUGCCACUCGUGCAUUUGCUAUUAUGGCUAUGCUAGCUGGAGUAAAAGGUUUGGGUCCGGCCUGCCUUUAUAUUGUUAGGCGCAUUCAGGCGAGACCUGAAACACAGAUUUUAAGGUUGGGUACUUUGGCUGCUGGAAUAACAGCACUUGUGUGCGUUAUUAUCAGUUGCAGUGUCUAUGGUGCUGGUAUUCAUAAAAAGGAAGCCGAUACAAAAGAUAUACAUACUGGCUUCUCCCUUAUCCUGAGUGCCGUUGGUGGUGUCAUCAUCUGUGUGGGCAGUGUUAUUUUCUAUGUUGCUUGUUUGAUGAAAUCUUAGUUUGAGUAAUUUGUUGUGAAU